AUGGGAGGCAUCUACGUCAGCGGCUGGGCCUGCGAGAACCAGUGUGGUUCCAGGAGGGUAAACUGCGGCCUCUGGCGUUGGUUCUGCCAGAAGUGCAAAACCGACAUCUGCGACAAGUGCCACAGGCGGAAGGUGCAGCGAGACCGGGAGAAUGGCAUGCGAGAGAGCCCGAGGAGUUUGGAAUUAGGCACGAAGUUCCUGGAUCUGUGCAAAGACCACCAGUGGGAGCAGGUGACGGAGAUGCUCCAAAAGCGGCCGGGUCUUGUCAAUUGCGAGGUGGAGGGCCGUUGGUCGCCGCUACACUACGCUUCAAGAGCCGGCAAUCCUCAAAUGGUGGAGCAUCUGCUGAAGCUGAGCGCUGACGCAACCAGUUUUGCUGGAGACGGCAAGACGAUGCGCUCUUGCUUUCUUCAGCCGGCCUUCACCAUCUUCAACCAUUAUGAUGCCAACAACAUUGGCGUCAUCGAUGCGAUGGAGCUUGGAUGGGUUGUGAAGUCUGUGCGCCCGCGCAUCACCGACGCAGAGACUCAGCAGCUCUUUGCAAGCUGCGAUUUGAAUCGCAAUGGCGAGAUCGACUUCGUCGAGUUCGUCCUUUGGCUGUUCGCUGGAGGAGGUAAGUACUUGGCGCAGGACAUUCUGGCCAGCGCCGAAAGAAUUGCCAGUGGCUCUGUGGGAGUUCAAGCGCUGAAGCUGAAAGGCGUACUGAGCAAGCGCGCCGGCCUUCCUCCCCAUGUGUAUGAGACACCCGAGUACUCGCCCAUGCCGCAGAUGGCUCAUCACCCUCCACGGGGAGAGAAGCUGCUCGCCUGUACCGAGUACGUCCAGCAGCUCGCGCCGAUGCUGCCAGGCAUCAUCUUGCCCGAGGGUUGUCUGGAAGAGGUGGAGCGGAUAGCCCAGCUGCGAGCAGAAGUGCUCCACAGUAACGACUUGAGCUUUGAGAUGAUCUGCUCCGUGGUGAUGUGGACCUUCGAUGCGGUACUUGCCACUGAAGAGGAAUCCUUCCCGAAGGAGAAGUCUUUUCAGUACCUCAUGAAUCAGUACGUGGACCAGCGCGACACAGAGUUCUUCUUUGCGGCGCGUGGGUACUUCUACUACUUCAUGACAGCCUUGGACUUACUUCCCCCAGCUGAGGGGGUGGUAUACCAAGGAAUCCCGAAGGAGCAUGCUGCCGCUGUUCGAGAGAUUCUCAUCCCGGGCACGAGUCUGAUCUGGCGCAGCUUCACCACAGCCCUCCAGCUCUGGGGCAACAUGGUGGCGUAUGAGAAGGGCAUCAUUCUGCAGAUCACUCUGCUGCCCCGGGAGCUCCGGGCGAAGGGUGUGAAGUAUGAAUCCAAGGGCCGUGACAUCAGCAAGCUCAGUGCACUGACAGGCUCCAGUGAGGUCCUUCUGUUGCCGAACAUCCGGCUUGGCGUGGGUCCGGAGACGGUGAAGAAGGGUAUUCCCGUGAUCGAACUUCGGGAGAUGGAGGAGGACACCGCAAUCACCCUCAACGCGGAAGACUUCGACUAG